CCUAUGAAAUGCGUAUCUUGAUCUUGAAGUAAAAGUCUUUGGAAGUUUUUGGAUAGAUUCAGAUUGCAGCGGAAAUUACCUGUAUUAAGCACUUGUCCCUAUCUAUCUGGAUAUCUGAUUAGCUACUAGGUAUCUUGAACCCAGUCCAGUCACAAUUUCAAACAGUCCACCAGUCCUUGCCCUGCGCGAAAAAAAUUGUAAAUAUUCUCAUCGCCUUACCACCCACCCACCCCUUUGGCUCUUGUCAAACAAUGCCACAUAAAUCUUUCUUCCCAAUAGCCUUAUAGCAGACAGAGCAACAGCUUUCCAACUUUCAUCAGCCAAAUUACGUUUCAUCGUAUUGCAUCUCUUUAUUAUGAAAUUUGCCAAAGAAUUCAAAGAUGCCCUUGCCAGAGAAGGCUUUCCGCCGCGCUGGGUAGAUUCUGCCAUUCCUUAUGGUCUGCUCAAGAAAUCUCUUAAAAAGAUUGCGACCGAGUUAGCACAGUGUGGUCUGGAUCCUGCUGCGCUUGCAAAGUUGAGAGAGAUUUCCAGUACUGGUCCCGCUUACUUGUAUGAUUUCAAGGAAGGGUCGAAGUUCCGGCCCACCCUCAUCUUACGGCUUGAACAAGGUGUCACCGUCGAUGCUAGGCUGUCAGCUGACACGAGAAGAUAUCUAGAGGAUCUAGUAAAUCACCAUCGGGAUCUUUCAGACGUGUCGCUAUCCGAUCCCGCUAGUGAUGAAGGUGGUCAAAUUGUUCCUAUAGAUCCAUCGUCAGAGAUUGAGGUUGAACGACCUCUUGUUAGGGAAAUCGAAGUGCCUCUGACUUUCGAUGCAGAAUUCUUCGGUCUUCUGCAGGGAGAUGUUGAAAAUCUUGAUGCACUCCAAGACGAGGAACAAAGGGCUCUUGUCGCCGAGGUUGGCGAUCUUUCAAGAGAGCUCGUUAAGCUCAGCGAGCCUUCAAGGUUCAAAAAGACCGACCAGUAUCGAUGGAGAGAAUUAUUUGAUGUUUACGUGCAGGCUGGAAUAUUCUUUUCGGAUCUUGAAAAGGAUCACGGUAAGCGUGAUAGUGUGGCUGCAUUAAAGCGUUUACAAUGGUUCCAGAGUGAAGUGGUUAAGAGAGGUAUCGUAGAUACAUUUAAACUAUCCCCUAGCCGUAAAGCAUUAAACCAAUUCAUCAGCAUUAAUGUUACGCUGCUCCGGAAUCUCCAAUUUCAGGAGAUCAACCAGAAAGCCAUUGCCAAGAUAUUGAAAAAAUUUGAUAAGAGAACAACACUUGGUGCUAGGCAAACAUUCCCCAGACUGAUCCAGUCCGACGUUAUCAUGACGGAAGCGAUGGCCAGAUCUGUAUGUGCACAGGUGACACAGGAUCUUGUUCAAAUAGUACCUCAGCUGAGUGAUUAUACUUGCCCUGUCUGUCUGGCCAUAGUAUGGCGACCAAUAAGAAUGGAAUGCAAUCAUGUUCUAUGUGUUCGAUGCACAGUGUUCAUGCAGCGGCGUGGGACCAAUGCCUGCCCCUUAUGCCGAGACGAAGUAAUUUUAAAGGCUGAUCAAGACAACAUCGAUGAAAAACUCUCCAAGUUUCUUCUAAGAAAUUUCCCCAAAGAAACGAAGGAAAAACAGAUUGAGCAUGAAACGAUAGAUGGCAGGGAGAGGUUCGGCAUUUACUAUACCCAUCCUUCGGAGCAAACCCCUUUACAAAGAUAUUGCACUAUCAUGUAAAAGGCACUGUCGGAAAGCACUUUUAGCAUUUAUCAUCUUCAGCGGGAGUAGGAAUGGCCCAGACAUCACUUUACGGCGUUUAAAGGCGAUGACAAUGGAAAUUAUCAAUCGAGAUUUUUAUUAGAUAAAGAUAUGAUACAACAGCACAAUCAUUUUAUCACAUUUUCCAAUGCAAAAAUUAAGAAGAUGUCGAUUGUAGUUGUAGUUGUAGUUGUUUGUACCCUAUCUAUUGAACAUCAUAGCAUAUCAUUGUGAAGAGAGGGGUUAUCUAUUCUACUUCUGAAGCGGGGUAGGUACUUGUAGUUUUGUAUCUGGACAGUAUGACAGUAUGCGCAUUGUGCGGGUGGAGCUGGUAUGAUGUACUUCCUUUAGCUAAGGUACAUUUGAUAGGCGAUACCACAACAAUAAAAU